AAAGUUAGAACAGCUGUAUAUUACAUACAAUUUGUGAUUUGGAACGUUAUAUGAAAAUUGUAACCGAUUCAACGGUGAUCGUAAUUCUACGUGUAAAAAUGCAGUAUUUGUAAUCAUUUCGCGUUCGUUGUGUGAAACUGUUCGUUUUUUUUAAUUUUUACGCGCCUUAUUAUCAUCUAUUUUUAAUGCAUUUAUAACCCGGUAUUCAUUAAUAUUUAUACGUGUACAAGUAUAUAAACCUACGAGAGUUUUCUUCUGCUACAGAUAUUAAUAAAAUUAUUAAUCAAACACAUCAAAUUGUAAAGGUUAAUUCAAAUAGUGGUCAGUUUAAUAUUCGAUAUCAAAUUUUACGAUCAACAUAGAUUGGUAUGAAUAAUAAUUCGCUACUCAUACGUAAUUAUCUAAAAGUCGUGAACUUAAUGGAAUGAUGACAGAUCAGAGUUCGGCAGUACUUGAAGUGUCAGUCGAAGAAAAAGGUAUCACUCCUAUGCCGCAGAUUCUUCUGAAUGAUACGCCCACGGUAAAUUUAGUAUCCUUCCCCAUGAACACCAACGACUUUCAUCUCAAAUUAAAUUUUAGACAUGACAUUCAAGUACGUGUAGAAAAUCCACAAAAGAUAGUCGAACCACUUGAAACAUACAUUACAUACAGAGUGUCUACAAAGGCGGAUAGAAUAGAUUAUCCUCAUAAAGAAUAUGUGAUUCGCCGACGUUACAAUGAUUUCAUAUGGCUAAGACAAAACAUUGCUGCAGAAUAUCCUGAUCGCAUUGUACCUCCUUUACCAGCAAAACAUACAAUUCUUGGCCAAUUAGAUAGAUAUUCAAAAGAGUUUGUAACAUGUCGAAUGUUGUUAUUGGAAAGAUUUUUGUCACGUUUGGUUGCUCAUCCCAUUCUGACAGAAGAUAAACACCUUCGUGUUUUUUUAACUGCAAAUGCUACGGAGUUCGCUUCUUAUAAAAAACGUGGUACAGGCUUAUUAAGACGCAUGUCAAACAGUCUGAAUACUAUUUCUGUAUCAUAUAACUCAAGACAGAUAGAUUUUGAGUUUGAUCCCAUUAGGAAUCAUCUCCAAGGAUUAUCUGAAAAGUUGGCCAUGUUAGAAAAAGUAGCUCAGAGAAUCCAUAAAGAAAGAAAAGAACUGUGUGUGGAAUCUCAUCAACUUGGAGCAGCAUUUAUUGAGUGGUCUUCUAAUGAACAAUCUGUCUCUGCUGCACUGUCUCGUAUUGGCCAUACAAUCACUGCCAAUAGUUCUGCUUUACGUCAUAAUUUAAUAUCUAAUUUUAUUAGUGACUGGGCCCAACCACUCAAGGAUUAUGUUAGCUAUAUAGAAUGUGUCCGUGAAACACUUGGUAAAAGAGAUGCAUUGCAAAUACAAUACGAACAGUCUCUGAUUGAUUUGGAGAAAAAAAAGGCUGAUAAAGAUAAGGUUGCUAACAAUGAUAAGCCAAUAAUGUCAUUCUGGUCAAAAACAGAAACGGACAAAGAGGAAAAAAUUGAAAGAAUGAGCCAAGUUAUCCCUAAAUUAGUGUCAGUAGUUGAAGCUAAUCAAGAACGGUUGGAUGUUUGUAGCAAUGUUUUCAGACAAGAGUUUGGGUUGUGGAAAUACCAAAAAAAAUCAGAUUUAAAAAAUAUGUUAACUGCCUUGGCAGAAAGCCAUAUUCAGUAUUACCAAAAUUGUGUUACAUCAUGGGAUUUGGUAUUCAAACGAAUGGCAUCUGAAUAAAAUACCGAGCUUAAUUUUUUAGUAAACAACAAAAAGCAAAUUUAGACAAGGUAUAUUUUCUAUUAUUGUGAUAAUAUUGAUCAGAUUUAUCUCCAGACAGAAAUUCAUUAAUGAUCCAAUGUAAAUAAGAUAUACCAUUGGAGUUAGGGAUUUAUAUUAACAUUAAAUAAUAUAUAUAUAUAUAUUUUUUGUUAUAUAUCAUUCAUUGUACUUUGUUGACAUCAUUCCAUGUUUUUUAAGCUAUUCACUUU